GUUUCACGUCUUGCACGGGUUACACACCAAGUUCUCCUUAAAAACAAAUGCAACUAUCACGACUUUAAGAAAAUUUAGUUGCUUCGUGAUCAAACUUUUAAUACAAAAUCAUCGUUAUCAUUAUUAGGAUAGAUACACAAACAAGUCUAGAAAAUCUAAGAUGAGCAGAAUCAAAAGAGAAUGAGAUGCUAAGCAGAGAUUUCCAGCCUCUGACAGGGAAGCAGAGAAAUUAUUAGUUGGUUGGGUUUUGAAUUGCAAAUAAAUAGACGCUUCGACAAGGUGUCAUCACUGUGUGUCAAUGGUCGUCGGAAAUGCCAUUCCCAAGGCCAAAACCCAAUGUUAAAAGCUCGCCACGCAUGCAUGCAUUGCUGAUGAUCCUCUGUUUCCUCUGAAACGUGGCUUCACCGUCAUCUAUCUUAUUCUUGCCUACCCCAUUAGUCUAUUGGUUGAUGCGUCUCUAUUCAUUUCAAAGGUGGUUCUGUACCUGAUCGUUCAUUCAAGAUUGCCGAAGUGGGAGGUCCUUUUUCUCAUCUGGUUUCAGCUGUUUGGCAAUCCACCAAUGUUUUGACCAUCUGUGGCUUCCUUCCCUUCUCUUUUGGAUGCAAACUAAAAUUAUUACCUUUAUCUUUUUCAUGCUUCUGGGCUAUGGGGAUGUUUUAAUUUUGAUGGAUGCCAUAUUUGAAAACGCAUUGCUUGGGUUUAUUUAGUUCAAAAUGGACGGUCCAUUUUUAUCCAAAAAAGAAGGAAAACAACAAAUCACAAUCUAGUUUAACUGACUUGUUGUCUCGAGCAUUCUCACUCCAUCUCUUUCUUAUCACACUGAAUGUGCAUGAUCAAAUUCACUAACCAGUUUGCAGACACUUAAUCUCAUUCUGGAUAGAAGAUUUCCGGCGUGGUGGUCUGGCUCUUCGUAGAAUGUAAUUGUGUGAAGGCCGUUCUGUUCAGCAAGGAGGACUUAUGAUUGAGUUCUCCAUGAUGUCAAUCAAAUCAUGGAAGUUGCUGAUGAGAAAAAAGAGCGGAUUGUAUGAUUGGGGAAAAUCUUGUUUGAAGAUGAAACAACUGCCACUCAUGGCAGUAGCAUGUACAGUAAUGUUGUUCAUUUUUUAUAGAACUACAAGCUAUCAGUAUCAUGAAACAGAGCAAUUUCAGGUUGACCAAAGUCAGAGUAUCUGGGAAGGAGAAGAGGGAAUUCCUGAAUAUUCUGGGAAGUUACGAGGCUUGCCACAUGGUAUAAUACAUGCUACUUCAGAUUUCGAGCUAAAGCCAUUAUGGUCUAGAAGGAGUUCAAGUUCAAAGGUUCCAGUUUACUCCAACCGUAACUUACUCGCAGUUCCAGUUGGUAUGAGACAAAAGGAUAAUGUCAAUAACAUGGUGCAAAAGUUUCUUCAAGAUAAUUUUACAGUUAUGUUAUUCCAUUAUGAUGGCAAUGUUGAUGGAUGGCGGGAUCAUGACUGGAGUAGCAAGGCCAUACACAUAGUUGCUCAGAACCAAACAAAAUGGUGGUUUGCAAAAAGAUUUUUACAUCCGGAUAUAGUUUAUAUUUAUGAUUAUAUCUUUCUUUGGGAUGAGGAUUUGGGGGUGGAGCAUUUUUCUCCAUCAAGAUACAUCGAAAUUGUAAAACAAGAAGGAUUGGAAAUAUCCCAACCAGCUCUUGCCCCAGAUUCAAUAGAGAUACAUCACAGAAUUACUCUUCGGGCAAGAAACAAGAAAUUUCAUAGAAGGAUCUAUGAGCGCAGGGGAAAGACAAGAUGUUCAGGUGCAAGUCAAGGGCCACCUUGUGCUGGAUUUGUGGAAGGCAUGGCUCCUGUUUUUUCUAAGUCUGCCUGGUAUUGUGCUUGGCAUCUCAUACAGAAUGACCUUGUCCAUGGAUGGGGAAUGGAUAUGAAACUAGGAUAUUGUGCACAAGGGGACCGGACUAGAAAAGUUGGAGUUGUUGAUGAGGAAUACAUUGUUCAUAAAGGAAUACAAACUUUGGGUGGGGGUGGUCAAGCGUCAACUAAGAUUUCAAAUCCCAAGCUAGCUAAGAGGCACAGAGCUGCUGCUGGUGAUGUGAGAAUUCAGAUUAGAAGGCAGUCCACGCAGGAACUUGAAGUCUUUAAAAAGCGAUGGUAUGAAGAGGUAGCUGAGGAUAAAAACUGGGUUGAUCCCUAUGCACGCCAGAAAAGACUCGUACGACACCAGGUCAGCCAUGAGAGAUUUUCUUAAAUCUUCUCUAAAUGACAAAGUACCAUCAACCUCGUUUGUAGGCAUAAUAAAUUCAUCAGUAUGUAGCUCUCAGUGAAUUUCUAGUUCAUUCAAUUUGGACAAAAUCACAAUCCUAGCGUCCCUCCUUCCUUUUCUUGUCUCUCUGCAUAUCCCUUUUCAUGUUAUUGAGUGAUUCUGUAAGAAAUAAAUGAUUUUCUUUAAUUUGUGUUGUAAACUAGUCGUAAUAUAAAGAGCAAUAUAAGAGGUAAGUGGAAACAUUUACUCUUUGUAAUGACAUUGUGAUCAAGGUUCAUGAACGAUGCGAAACUAUUUCUAA